AUUAUUUUUUAAAAAUUGUGACAAAAUGAGACAAUUUUUAAUUUUUGUUUGUCUGAUUUUUAAUUUUAAUAUACAAUUUAUUUACUUGGCACCAAUUGAUAUUUCGAAUCUUUUGAUGCAACGACUUUUUCUGUCGACCAAAUCGAUAAAUUUUAUGAAAAGAUUUGGAUAUUUGCCAGCGAGUGAAAAGUCAGAGUCUCUUUAUAAGGAAAGUGCUUUGGUCGAUGCAAUAAAAAGUCUACAAAAAUUUGGAAAUAUUCCAAUGUCUGGAGAAAUUGAUAAUAAAACUUUAGAGUUGAUGAAAAUGCCACGUUGUGGAGUUGCAGAUAUAAUAAAUUCGAAAACUCGAGAAAAAAGAUAUAUUGUCGGCUCCGAAGGAUGGAGGAAGCGCAGAGUCACUUAUUACAUUGCCAAUUGGUCUCCAAAAUUGAAAGAAGAAUCUGUAAUUAAGGAAAUGGAAAGAGCAUUCAAUGCCUGGACUGAUUAUUCGAGACUUAAUUUUCAAAAUAUUGACAAUCCUAAUGCAGAUAUUACAAUAAGUUUCAGCCAAGGAUCUCAUGGCGACGGAUAUCCCUUCGAUGGACAGGGAAAUAUUUUGGCGCACGCCUUCUUCCCCUAUGAAAUGGAUUCAUUUGGAGGCGAUAUUCAUUUUGACGAUGAUGAAAAAUGGGAGAUAAGUUCCAAUUAUUCUGAGGAUGGAACGGAUUUUUUUUCAGUCGCUGUUCAUGAAUUAGGACACAGUUUAGGUUUAUCUCAUUCAACAAUACCGACAUCAAUUAUGUUUCCCUAUUAUAAAGGAUACACUUCUGGAUUUCAAUUAGAUUAUGACGAUCUCCUUGGAUUAUACGAUCUUUAUAUUUUACAUCACAGAGGAGAGCAGGAUAUUCCAAGAACGACUGAAAGGGUAAAUACAAAAUCAACUUCAGCAAUAACAGAAUUAGAAAUUGAUGUAACAUUAUCGACAAUUUCCUAUUCAACGACUCAGAAAUUUGAUUUUCAAAAUAUCACAUUUAUCGGAGAUUAUGAAUCAGUCGAAGAGCAUCGAAUUCACGAGAAGAAAAUGCAUACAGUCACGGACAAUUUCACGAUUCCUGAUAUUUGUCAAGGAAAUUUUGAUACCAUUUCAGUAUUUAGAAACGAAUUAUUCAUUUUUAAAGGGGAGUACCUUUGGCAUAUGAUUCAACGUGGAAUAAUGGAUAACAAUUAUCCAGUGAAAUUUCAUCAACUAUUUCAUGGCAUACCAAAUUCAGUGAUUAAAAUUGAUGCCGCUUAUCAAAGAGAAAUCGAUUCGAGUAUCGUUCUCUUUUCUGGAAACAAAUAUUGGAUUUACAAUGGCGAGAGAUUCAUUAGCGAAAAUCCGGGAUUAUUGUCCGAUUACGGAAUUCCCGAUCAUGUGAAUAAAAUUGACGCAGUAUUUGUUUGGCCUAAAACAGGAAAAACUUAUUUUUUUCGAGACGAUGAAUUUUGGACCAUCAAUGAAAUUGAACAGUUGGAUUCAAAUUAUUCUCAUGAUGAUGAAAAAUUAAAUGGUAUUCCAAGAAAUUUUGACACCGCAAUGACCUGGACAGAUGGUUCAAUAUAUUUUUUCAAGGACAAAUAUUUUUGGAAAUUUAAUACCAAAACUGCAGCAAUGGAAAAUAAUGGUCAUCCAUUAUUUUCGACACAAUAUUGGCUUGGAUGCCCGGAAUAAAGUAAAUAUUUUCUCCAACACUUGCUCUGAAAAGAGUACUUUUCUUAGUAGAAAAGUGUGGCGAAAGUAGAUCUUUUCUCAACUGCUCCAAAGAGCGUGGCGAAAGUAAAAUUUGGCGUGGCGAAAGUAAAUUCAGCGUGGCGAAAGUAAAUUUGGCGUGGCGAAAGUAAAU